AAUGUCCCAUGGGUGGGGCUUACCAUACAGUCAAAAGCCUUGUAAUAUGAUCCCAGUCUGGAAUGUCUGUAUAUACAUAAUCUCCAGUGAAACGAGAGCCUGCCAGCUGCCAUGAUUCAUCUGCAGUAUGUAGGCUAAAGUUCAUUUCAGCAGACUGCAGCAGCUAAUCACCAGAGGUUUACAUUUCCAGAAAUACUCUGCAAAUAGAAAACAAUUAACACUUUCUUUGCAAUACAGCACCUGAUCUUUUGUUAAACCAUAAAGUCAUCAACAAGCAAAAUAAAAAUGUUCUUGGGGAUAGGAAGAUACCUGGUAAGAAGCAAAAUAUGUCAGAAUGGUAGACUGGCAAUGAAGAGUGCUCUAGAGUGGAAAACACAAGGAAGUUUCUUUCAACAUACAGUUGCAGUGCCUACGCUUUGCAGGACAAGCAUGAGAAUUCAGAAGGUGGAACAUCUCGACAGAGAACGCAAUGUCAGUGUGUGCUGGGAAGAUGGCAGUAAAAGUUUGUAUCCUUUCAUAUGGCUGAGAGAUAACUGCCAGUGUCCAGAGUGUUUUCUGCAUUCUGCCAAAGCACGCAAACUGGAUUUUGCACAUCUGGAUGUAAACACUUUAGUGAAAAAGGUCGCACUGACAGAAGACUCAAAGGUUUACAUUGUGUGGCCUGAUGAACAUACUAGUGAAUUUGAUCCUGAAUGGUUAAAGGAGAGGUGCUUUUCUCAAAAUGCUCGAUCAGAAAUGCAAAAGAAGAUAUGUGUGACGGAUUUUAUGUAUUGGAAAUCAGACCUGAAGAUUCCCACCAUCAGCUAUGAAGAUGUUCUCAAAAGUGACAAAGCUGCAUACAAGUGGCUAGAAGCUCUUCGAAGGGUUGGUGUUGUACUCCUCAAAGGAGCUCCUGCAGAAGUGGGAGCAAUAACGAAGCUUGGGGAAAGGAUUGGUUUCCUGCGUAUGACAUUUUACGGGCUUACCUGGCAUGUUAAGGACAAACAGGAUGCAAACAAUGUUGCAUAUACUGCUGGACCACUAGGAGUUCACACAGACUACCCAGUACUUCAUCAUUCGCCAGGGGUUCAGAUGAUUCACUGUAUACAACCAGCAAAGUCUGGAGGAGACAGCGAAAUUGUGGAUGGAUUCUAUGUAGCAAAGAAACUUCGACAAGAGCAGCCAGAGGCAUUUCAAAUGUUGACAUCUGUUCUUGUGAAUUUUGUUGAUACUGGAACUGAUUAUUGUGAUUUUCAUUUGCAUUCUAAAGCCAGAAUUAUACAACUUGAUGAAAAAGGUGAAGUUGUCCGAAUUAAUUUUAACAAUGCCACACGGGAUUCCGUAUUCGAUAUUCCUGUAGAAAAAGUGCAGCCAUUCUAUACAGCACUCAGUUACUUUGUAGCUCUUCUAAAUAAAGAAGAAAACCGAAUCUGUUUUACACUGGAAAAAGGUGAUGUUGUGGUGUUUGACAACUGGCGUGUUUUGCAUGGCCGUCAGAACUUCGAAUCAGAAGAACAAAACCCACGCCAUCUUGAAGGUUGCUACUUAGACUGGGAUGAAGUCAUGUCUAGAUUUCGGAUUCUACAGAAAGCAGUUUGUGAGGACAAUGAAAAGACAAUCUCAAAAUGAUAAUGCUGAAACAGGAUGAUCAUAUUCUGUUAGAAGCGACAUCUUAAGAUGAUGUCUUCAAUAACUUUGACUACAAACCUCGUCUUAAUUAUUCCAAUUGUAUCACAGAAUCCUUUGCAAAUCUUGCCAGGAAGGAUCACAGUUUAUAAUGCCAAGAUACUUCAAUAUUUUCACAAAAGAGUAAUCAGACAGAAACAUUUUGCUAUAAUGGUAGUCAGACAGUACAUAAAGUUCUACCAUCUCCUGGAGAUUGGUAAAAGUUAUUUAGUACCUGGUCUUAAACGUCCAGGUUAGGUUGCUAUUUUUAAAUAUCAUUUUAAACAACUAUAUACAAUAUUUACAAUAGCCUGACUUUCAAUUAUAUGCACUGUAUAUUAUUAAAUAUAGAAUUAACAGAUCAGUUAUCAGAGAUACAAAGAUGUAACUUUCUUUCAAGGAUUAUUUAUCUAUGGCCUGGGAUAGAUUCGUAGUUCUUUGAUUUUUAUUUCCAUCAAUGCAGUCAUCUUCAGUAA